AUGCCGCCUAGUACCAUGUCACGACCAACCCGGCCUGGCAGCUCGCGCCGGGAGAGUCUCACUAACUGGCUCAGCCGCAUGCACCACAUGGGUUCCGAGAUAGACGAGUUUCUGGAACUUGUCCAAAAGGUGGAUGAAGAAACCCAGGAUAUCCUCAGUUUCCGCUGGCAUACGACUCACGCCCAAGGCGAAGAUAUCGACAUCGAUGAUGAACGCGCCAAGAAACUGUGCUUUCCCGAGGACCACCAGCAGCUCUUCAAACAGAUUCGUGUGUUCGUCGGCGUUGCUCUUUGGAAAGCGGCUCCUAGAUCCAAGGCAGACGAUGUGAUCGGUUACAGUACCCUGAUGUCCUACCGCCAGCACAUGUGGUUUUGGAUCAAGCGAACCUACUCGGAACUUGGACAAGCACCUCCUCAUUCUGCCCAAGUCUUCAAUCUUAUCACGCAAGUUAUGAAGAAGUAUCUGAAGACGAGAAUGGGCCAGCGCACUGAGAAGCCCAAGGCACAGCUUGGAGUAGCGGAGUUGCUGCAGCUUAUCGACACGGAUAUAGCUUCUACCCCCUGCAUCGAGUUGGCCGAAGGAAUGCAUAUUGCGUGGCUCCUUGGCAGACAAUGUGCACUGCGACCUGGAUCCAUCGGCGUUCAGCAAGUUAAUAAGGCUGAGAUAUACGACCAUCACAACACACCCUAUCUUGCGUGGAAGGACAUUAAGAUCACUCGAGGAGAUAAGCCUGGAGUGUUUGAUUGUGAGGUUACUAUCCGCAACCUGAAGGGCAGUGACUCUAGCUAUGCAGAGAGCGGCAGGCCUCUUGAAAAUCGGAAGCUUAUCUUUUUCCUCAAGUCCCCGACGCAGACAAAUAACCUCGUCUUGUCUUUACCUCAUCGACUUCUGGUUGCAGCCCUCCGUCGUAAGGCUAUCGUCGGAAUCGAGUCGGUCGCUGAGCUCUUGGACGGCAAUAUUCGCCGCAUCAGAUUUAAGGAUGAGUUUUUAAACUUACCUAUUGCUCUUCGAGGUACCCCUCGUGGAUUAGAUGUCAUUCCUGACCAGCCAGCUACUGUUAUAGCUCUUUCAGAGUAUCUGCAGCGACGAGGUGAGAAUCUUGGGUACCCAGAGCCCAUUACUUUUUAUGCUAUCCGUCGUCGUGCUGCAACCAACUUCACUGAGGUCUUUGGAGCGGACAGUGCCCGGGCCAUUAUGAACCACGAUCCAGAUACCCGAAUCAUGGAACAGCACUACCUCGAUCUCUUUCGAACAACCAAUAUGACUGCCGCGGCUCUUGGCGAAGGCGCUCCUGCCGAACAGCAGGAAGAAAUGAACGAGCAAGCCAACUACCUCGCCCUCAAUCGGCUCGGUCCCCAGAGAGUGUCUGAGAUCUACGGAGCCCCGCUCAAUGCAGCUGUUCGCAAGCUGAUCUUGACCGAUGAUAAAUACUGGGAGAUGGGUACCACUCGAGAGCGAAAGAAUCGGGAACGCGUUCUCAGAAGAAGUGCUCUGCAAAGCUUGAUGGAGAUAGCCCAUCAGGAGCAAAGCGACACCAUGACUGUUCAAGAGAUGAAAGAACGCAAGCAAGAGGUCAUGGAAAAAAUGACGCUGUUCAACACGAAGCUUCUGGAGAUGGCCAAGAAGGCUGCCGAAACAGACCUAGGAACCGGUUCAGUUGGUGACGUCCAGUGUGAUGAGGAUUUUGAAGAGAUUCACUCCGACGUUGAGGAUGCAGAAGCCGACGCUGACGACCAGAUGGAAGCUGGAGGGUCAGUCAAUGUCGAUGAAGAGUCAUUUCUGCCGCAAAAUGCUACCGACGAGGAGGGUGGCUAUUUUGAAGCUGUUCGCUACACGAUGAACCUACUCUACGACAACUCACUCAACGAGUAUAGCAUCAAGCAGCGCGCCUUUUGCCCCCUAUGUGUUGACGACGACACUGUUGAUCAAGAGGCGAAGCAAAAGCUCUGGGCUCCCAACCACAUCAAACGACACAUGGACUCCAUGUUCCACACGGACUAUGGUGCCUUUCAGCGCCGCGCUGAGAUGGUCAAGGCCGAUAAUGAAGCCCCAGGCUUCGUCUGCGAGUUUUGCGUCCUCGUCCAUCCCGAGGGGUGGGAACCUGUCUACUACCCCGGCUUUAGUCAACUGAAUCGCCACAUCAACGAUUCGACUGCCAAAGGGCUGCGACGGAUGCAGAAUAAACCCGAGGGCUUGGAUUUUGAGGAAAGAUCCGCCAACCACGAAACUCGAAAGGAAGAGGCUGGAUGGAACCGGGAUGACUUCAGAGGUGACAGAAUUGUUCAGGAGAAAGAGAAGCAAGAGCGAGUGGUUCGUGCGCGACGCAACCUGGCCCUCGACCAGCCUGCUUUCAGAUUCACUGAUGAAGCCGAACUUGAGGCUCCAAUUCCCGUUCCAGGACAGCCCGGUCUGUUCUACGGCUCGUUCAACCACCCUUCCGAAAUCCCAGAACAUAUGGCGGGGGUUCUCAGCCUCGGCCCGAUACCAGGUACCGAGCUGGAUGAUGUGGAUAACGACGAUGGGCUUGGGCGGACUCGAGCACGAAUGCCUAAAGUCCCCCUCACUCCCUAUCAAGCGGCUGGAAUCACAAUCGGGCCAGUGCCAACUGGACCAGGCCCUACGCGCUAUGAUGACAUUCCGCCGCACCAGGCUCACAUGAUCAAGAAAGUACCAUUCCCUGGUACGGAAGGCAACCGGGAGAAGGAUGGUCUGUGGGUGAAACAUCGGCUUCUUGCUAAGAAAGAUUGA